GGAGGAGGAGGAGGAGGAGGAGGCGGGCACUUACGCACAAGGUCUGCCAUUGUUCCUGAUCUAUUUGUCUCUCUGCCUCUGUGUGAUUCUGGUCGGAUUGGAUGCAACCAUUUUGACCACCGCCAUUCCCAGCAUCACCGACGAGUUUGGUUCCGUGCAAGAUGUCGGCUGGUAUGAUGCUGCCUUUCGGCUCACUUCGUGCAUGUCACAGCUCUCGCAGGGCAAGCUGUACGAUAACUACUCGCUCAAAUGGGUCUUCCUUCUCAACAUGAUACUCUUCGAGGCCGGCAUUCUGGUUUCCGGCCUGGCUCCCAGCUCGCUGGUUUUUAUCGUCGGACGAGCCAUCACGGGUCUCGGUUUUUCGGGCAUCAGCCAAGGUUGUAUGGUCAUCGUGGCCAUGUCCACUCCUUUGCGGAAACGGGCCACCUUCCUCGGCUUGAUCAGCGCCAGCGAGUACACCGCAAUGGCCGCGGCGCCCAUCAUCGGGGGCGCAUUGACCUCCACUCUCUCCUGGCGGUGGUGUUUCUACAUCAAUCUCCCGGCGGCUGCGGCCCCGGCCGCCAUGAUUCUGCUGCUGAAGCUCCCCCAGAUGCCCUCGGGCAGUCGAAAAUCGCAGGUCGAGCGCUUGCGAGAGCUGGAUCUUCUGGGGUGUUUCUUCUUUGCCCCCGCCGUCCUUUGUCUCCUCCUCGCCUUGCAAUGGGGCGGAGCGACGUACAGCUGGGACAAUGCGCGCAUCAUUGCGCUCCUCGUGCUCGCUCCCAUUGUCUUCGCGGUUUUCUGCUUUAUUCAACACUGGAAGCAGGAUAGCGCGAUGCUGCCUCCACGAAUCAUCAAGAAACGCGUCAUCCUCGCGGGGGCGCUCUUCAGUCUCUCGCUCUCGGCGUGUCGCGCGAUCGUGCAAUACUAUCUGGCGAUAUGGUUCCAGACCGUUCGGGGGGCCACUGCCUUGCAGUCGGGCAUCUACACCCUGCCCCUGGUGAUCGCCAUUCUCGUGUCGGCGAUGGUGGCGGGUCGCUUCAUGUCGGCGACCGGGAUCUAUACCCCGAUCAUGAUCCCGGCCGGCCUGCUGGUCGUGGCCGGGAUCGCCAUGAUGACGCGCUUCUCGACGACCACCCCCAAGGGGCUGUGGAUCCCUUCAUUGAUUCUGUUGGGAAUCGGAUCGGGCAGUAGCGUGUCCAUCCCCUUCAUCGCGGCGCAGGCGGUGUUAAGCCUCGGUGAUCUCUCCGCCGGCAUGGCCUUGAUGACCUUCUCCCAAGAUCUGGGCGAGGCCGUCUUCAUCAGCAUCGCGCAGGCGGUUUUUCUCAACCGCCUCAGCAGCUCCCUGCAGGUCACAGCGCCCGACCUCGACCCGGAAAGCGUGAUCCAUCUGGGCGCAACUAAUCUGCAGGGGAAGAUCCCUUCGCAAGACGUCGCAGCCGUGGCCUUCUCAUAUAACCUGGCCGUGCGUUCGACCUUCUAUCUGGCAGUCGCUCUGGCUGGGCUGCUGGUCAUUACCGCCAUACCCCUUCAAAAAACGACGCUAAUGGGCAGGAGAAGGUCCAGUAGUUAG